AUGGCCUACAAUGUGGCAUCAGAGCUCUUUGCAGAAUGGGCCAUUGGUCUGGUCAUUAUUGCUAUCCGUCUUUAUGCCCGCUGGAAAGUCGGCGGAGAGAAGUUCUAUUGGGACGAUCUGUGUUUAGGAUCUGUUACUGUCUUCUGGACGUUCCACACGGUCUUUUUGUACCUUUGCACUGAUGUAUACGGAUCGAAUAUUGGUCUUACCGAUAAGACGGCUUUGGAGGUUCCCGAUGACCAAGUACCGGUGCUACGAGAAGGGUCCAUUGACGCCUUCGUUGCCUGGCUAUCCUACAUUUUUAUGGCGUGGUCGUUUAAGGGAGUUCUCAUUUUCCUCUAUAACAAGAUGACGAUGGGUCUCUGGCAACAUCGGCUGUCAGUGAUAGCUAGCAUAUUCUGCGUCUGCACAUUCUUCGCAUCACUAUUCUUCCAUCUGUUUAUCUGCUACCCGGUUCACAAGACCUGGCAGAUCAAACCCUAUCCCGGAGACAACUGCACAGUCCGACCCCUAAACUACAUUGUCAUCGAAACCCUCAGUAUCGUAACCGACAUCGUAAUCAUGUGCGUCCCGAUCCCCCUAAUCCUCGCCGCGCGCAUCCGCGCAACCCAAAAGCUCAUGCUCUGCUGCCUCUUCUCCUCCGGAAUCUUCGUCAUGGUCGCCGCCUUCUUGCGCGCCUACUACUCUGUGAAAAACAUCUCCAGCCUCUCCAUCGCCCUCGGGUGGGCGUCGCGCGAAGCCCUCGUCUCCGUGAUCACCGUCAGCGCACCGGGUCUCAAACCGCUGAUCACGCGAUCGAGAUGGUUCCAGUCGUAUGGAUCUUCUGGUGGUGCUACGGGGACGGCUGGGACGGCGACUAUCGGGGGUUCGAAUAAGAGGUUGGAUACUACUUGUAGUAGGAAUAAGAGUCGGGGGUGGAGGGAGAGUAUUGAGCCGCAUCCUAUCGAGAUGGGGUCGUCGUUGGGGUUCAAGAAGGGACGGAGGGACUCGGAGGCUGAGAGUCAGGAGCAUAUCAUUGGGGAGGAGGAUUCGGGUAAGGGGCAGGGGAAGAAUGGGGGGAUCUUGGUGACUACUGAUUUGACGUUUUCGGAGGAUAUCGAGCAGGAGGGUCAAAAGUAGCAUUGAUGUUUUCAUUCAAAAGCAAGUGUGUAUAUAAUAAUGGUAUAAUUGUAUAUUAGCAACAAAAAUACUCAAGACUUGGUAGCCAAGUAACUUGAC